CUGCUACGGACUUCGACCACGCUGACGGCACUCUUCUCGUCCCCAUGGACGACUCAAACUCUCGCCGUAUUGACAAGGGGAAAGGUCGUGCGCACGUGCAAGACGAAGAAGCUUCCGAGAAUACGCCUCUCCUUGGCUCGGCGUCGGGCUCCCUGAGCUCCUCUCGGGACAUUCCUAUCCAACAUCCCAAUGCGACCCGCAGGCGGAUCUACUCCCGCCUGGUCUCCGUAUUCUUGAUCUCACUCUCCUUCACCGUGCUAGUCUUUGUGCUUCUUGCAAUCGUUGCGUAUUCGUGGCGCUCCAGAGCGUCUGCGACCAGGCCGGAGGAGAUCAUCAAGAAGGCACUCAUCGUCCGUGGACCGGAUAGGGUGGACGUGCUGAAUGCGACGAGCGAAGACGGCAUCUGGUUACUGGUUCAUGGCCGGAUGGGGCUGGACGCGGGAAGUGUGGUGGGAGUGAAGACGGACAAGGACGACAGCGUCGUGCAGGAUUGGUUCAAGGGCAUUGGACGGUGGGGUAUUCGGCAGAUCGACCGUGUCACAGUGACUAUGUCCGACAUGCGUGUCGGGCCAAGAGCGCAUCCAAAUAUGACUCUUGCGACUGUGUCGACGCCGUCUAUUGAGGUGCAGCUCACGGCGAACCCGCCGGCGAGGGACCUCACCUGGCUGACCCCUGUGCAGAUCCCCGUGCGGAUACAGCCGACAAAGGAUAUUGACGACCUCUUACACUUCGUGCGGGAGAGUUGGAAAUCAGGCUUUUUGAGCAUCCAGGCUACGGUCGGGCAGGCGGUGGUACGAGGGGGCGGACUUGAGGACCAUGGAUGGAGAACCCGCUUCACUGUCGCACACAGUAACGUCCGUCCGGUUGUCAACGUGAAGAUCCCCUCGCUGCCCGGUCUGCCACCCGCGGGUGACGGCCACCAGCUCCCUGGUUUCUCUGACCUAGUGCAUCUGCAAUCCUUCAAUAUCGCUUCCAGGCAUGGAACCAUCGAGCUCUCUGCGAAUGCCACCGCUCUUAACCCCGUCCCCUUAGACGUCGAGUUUGAGGCACCUGCACUCCCCUUCUUGAUUCAUCUCCCUCAACCGGAGUCGAACUUAUCAUCGGUCGCAGUGGCCUCUGUUCACUCCCACCCAUUCCAGUUCACACACCCCAAUAUCUCACUCACAAUCAGUGGCGCCGUUGUGCCGCUCCCCCGCGACUCUUCAAGUGCGCUGUCUGCGUUCGUGAGCAAGUACAUCUCCGGACGCGACGCCGACAUAGAGAUCUCUACCCCUCUCUACCCUGGUUUGACUAUCAACACGACCUUCCCUGCACCGCACCCGCGCCCGCAGAUCCUCCGCAACGUAUCCAUCUCAGACAUGCGCAUCAAGCCGGUUGGCGCGACUAUGUUCGCCUCCGGGGUUGUGCACGCCCUCGUCGUGCUCCCCAAGGGGAUCGACGUAGGCGUCAACGCGAGCCGCCUCUUCCCCGACGUACUCGUCUUCGACGGCGAAGUGCCCACAUCUGACGAGCCAGGUCCGGACGAGACCGCACCUCUCACCUCGGCCCUAGGCCACCCCAGCCCGCCUCCGACGCGCCCGCUCCCCGAGCCCUUGCCCCCACGCGCGUUCGCGCACAUCGUCCCGGACGACUGGAUUCCCGCCGAAUGCCGCGAAGUCGAGGCCCCCCCAGACUCGGGCUCGACCGUCGCGGUCUCGGCGCAGCUCGUGGACGUGCCGCUGGAGGUGCUCCCCGGGCGCGAGCGUGAGUUUAGCGACUUCAUGGCGAAGGUCAUCUUUGGCUCGCAGGGCGCACUGGCGGGAGUGCAGGGCGUCGCGGCUGUCGCGGUGCGCGUGGAGGGCUUGCCGUUUGCGAACGGACAAGAUCCGGAGAUGGAGCUGGCGGGGUUGCCGUUUCAGGGGAGCGUGAGGAUCGGGAAGAAGGUGGGGUCGUUGUCGGGACCUGCAUGAGCAGGUCUUGGUUGUAAGGUGGAUGCUGAGUGCAGACAUGGACUGGUUGCUUGGAUGUAUUAUUGUAUCAUGUACGCAGUUUCGUCUGCAGUGUAGGGUAUAUAUAGAGUGCAUAUAGCACAUCUACGGCCACG